GACCAGUCGGUGGCUUCGCUUUUCUUCCUCCACCUCAGACCACCUCACACCCUCUAGGCAGUUACUAGCAGUUACAUACCUCCCACCAGGUAUCUACCUACACUACUAACUACUGCCCUUCGUCGUACGCCUUGUCGACGCCCGGUCCACACGAUCUGACCGCCAUUCAGCCAAUCACCCGUGUGUGUCGCCCCCCCCCCAAAGAGGCUGUUCCAGUUCCCUGCGACCCUGCCUGUUGGGUUUUCCAUUUCACCUCACCGUCUCGGCGGGAGUCCCAGGCCUGCGGUUCGGUACACGCCCGUGCGACCUGCCAUACUUAACCGGCGCUCCCCUCGUUUCUCCAUCUUAACCCACCCGCCACCCCAUCCAAGUCCUCCGCAUUCUCGUCCAAGACUCUUCUCUGCAUUCUGCUACCUACGCCACCGCCUGUCUCAUCUAUAAACAAUACCAGACAACAUGCCGGCUGAGCAGGCUGCCAACCCGCCUAGCGAGGCUAAGGAGGGCCUGUCAAAAUACGUCAGACGCAUGAAGACCGCCCUUCGGAGACACUCGACUUCCAAAACCCCCGCACCCCAGCCAAAGCCGGAAGAAGCCGAGUCAAGCAAGGCUCCUGCUCCCCUGCCCCCCACCCCGCAGGCUCCCAUCAUCAAAGCCGCCCCCGACGCGACCGUGUUCACCAACUGGGGCGCCUUCCAGGAGGAGAAGGCCCGCGCCCUGUUUGCCAAGUAUGGAAUGAAGAUUGAGCCUGGGGAGUGGCAGUCUGGCGACAUGACCGUGCAGCGCGUGGUCAGACCGAUCCGUAUGCGCGUGCGCCGCACCUGCCAUCGCUGCGAGACCAUGUUCGGCCCUGACAAGGUCUGCGUCAACUGUCAACACGCUCGCUGCAAGUCCUGCCCUCGCUAUCCACCUGCGAAGUCCAGCGAGAACCGGGAAUUCCGGGACCACCGGCAGCACACCGAAGCGGCGCUCCAGGCCAUUGUCGCGCAGAAAGCCGCCGCUCCUGUGCAGAAAACCCAGGAGCCUGCCCUUGCCGAGGCAUCCCCUACCGGCAGCCAGGAGGUGCAAGCUCCGGUCCGACCCAUCGUUCGACGGACAUGCCAUCGGUGCAGUACACCAUUCGAGCCGGAUACCACGGAAUGUGGCACUUGCAAGCAUCUUCGGUGCACGAUGUGCCCUCGCGAGCCACCCAAAAUGACCAGGCACCCGCUCGCCUAUCCUGGUGAGGGCGACGUCAUGGAACCUCGCCCACGGACGUGGAAGAAACCCCGCCAGCGAGUCCGGUACAGAUGCCACCAGUGCACGACAUUAUACCGGUCGGGGGAGACGAAUUGCCCCAAUUGCGGGCAGGAGAAGGGCCCUAACACCCUACGAGACCCACCUCACAGGGAGCGGCCCCAACCGGACCCAGAGGUCGUUAGACGGGUGGAAGAGCGACUGGCCAAAGUCAGGGACAGUUCUGGUUAGACAAUACCGGGGCUUUUCCUUCAUUUUCUUUUCUUCGGCAUUUCCCUCUGCUCAUGACGUGCCUUGCAUGCCACCAACUGGCCAGUUAGGCAGGCAGGCAGCAAGCUUCGCUGGUGCACAUCUCGAGUGGCACAUGCAAUCAACGGUGGUUGGCGGGCCUAGCAGCUGUUUGAAUCACGAUCUUCCUUUGUGACACCCGAGUCAUCCCUCCCAUCCCAUCCCAUC